AUGAAGUGGACAACUAUGAAGUGGACGAUAAUGAAGUGGGGGACUAUAAAGUGGACAACUAUGAAGUGGACAACUAUGAAGUGGACGAUAAUGAAGUGGACAACUAUAAAGUGGACAACUAUGAAGUGGACAACUAUGAAGUGGACAACUAUGAAGUGGACAACUAUGAAGUGGACAACUAUGAAGUGGGCGAUAAUGAAGUGGACAACUAUGAAGUGGACAACUAUAAAGUGGACAACUAUGAAGUGGACAACUAUGAAGUGGACGAUAAAGAAGUGGACGACUAUAAAGUGGAUAACUAUGAAGUGGACGAUAAUGAAGUGGAGGACCAUGAAGUGGACAACUAGGAAGUGGACGAUAAUGAAGUGGACGACUAUAAAGUGGACAACUAUGAAGUGGACGAUAAUGAAGUGGACGACUAUGAAGUGGACAACUAGGAAGUGGACCACUAGGAAGUGGACAACUAUAAGGUGGACAACUAUCGAAUGGACGACUAUGAAGUGGACAACUAUGAAGUGGACGAUAAUGAAGUGGACGACUAUGAAGUGGACAACUAGGAAGUGGACCACUAGGAAGUGGACAACUAUAAGGUGGACAACUAUCGAAUGGACGACUAUGAAGUGGACAACUAUGAAGUUGACGAUAAUGAGCAGAACGCAGCGUGAAAUGACCAGACAGUAA